AACUGGCAUGGGACCAAGAAAAACAUGAUAGAAAGAACAAUUACCCCAAGAGUUUCAUUAUGAAGACCCGCUGCAGGGCUGAUUCCUUUGCGUGUUGCCAGGAGAAAAGGAAUCCUAAUCCCCAUUUUAUAGAUAAGGGAGGAAAAUCAGAUUCUUAGUGAACGGAGAGACAAAUACUACAUUCUUCAGAGGGAUACAGUAAGGAAUUACUGGUGUUGACAAGCCUGCUACCUGUGGCUUUUGGAGAUACAUCGCUGAAAGAAUAUUUGUUCCCGGACUGUUCGCUCCUGUGCUUAGCCAUGGCUGUUAAGAUCUCUCUCUGGCAUCAUUACAUCCAAGCCAUUCGGUCGCGGGAGGCUCAAAAGAUGCAGGAUUACCAAAGAGCGGAGAAUGUUUUGCUGACUGUGCUGGAGAGAGUCCACGAUAUGGAUUCCAGGUUCAUAGUGGAUUAUUCAAGAGACUUAGAGGCCUUUCAGUUUGCCCUCCGAACCUCUGAGGAUGAAUUAACGAUGGAAGUUCCUCUGCGGGUGAAUGCCGACGCCCUUCUGGUUAAGGAGAACUCAGGUAACGAAUCUGAGGAAACGCCAAACGCGCCAGUUUCCUGUUCACUGGGGAUUCCCAGGGAAGCAGCUGGCAUGGAAGAGUGGAUGACAGAGGACGUAUUCAGCGCACUGGAUGACCCUGAGUGCGUGGGACACAUUGUUCCUGGAAAGAUCCUCACGCUUUUGAAGAACCUGCUUGUUGCUGCCAUCGUUCACUGCAAGCACCAUCAACUCAUCAUGCCAGGUGCUCUGAAUGCUGCGAAUUUAAAGGAAGAAAACCUCCAUAUGUCUCUGCUGGUUUCCAGUGGCUGGAGAAUGAUUCGAUUCAACAUUGUGCCGGUGGUGAAGAGAAAUCACAAUAUCCUUAAACUUGGAAGAACUCAACUUACACAAGGAUUCCCGGAAGACAGCAUGAAGAAAGUCAUAUGUGAGGGGGCUGAUCUCAUCCCCUCAAGCUCUCACUACUGGGGGGUUUCCACCAAUCAUCUUCUUUCGAAGCUCCUUAGUAUUGUGGGAACACUCAAGGGUCACCGCCUGGACAGCCUUUCCAUCUUGGACCGGGUCAACAACGAGAAAUGGAGAGACGGGGGAAAGACAGCAGGCCUCACAUUUACUCAUCUGAAGAUGGUGCUGCUCUGGGCCACCGAAAUAUUCCCCUCCUCUGCUGACUGGGAGGACUUGGAAGGCUCCGUCUAUCGACUCCUGGUGAUCUUGCUGUGCUGCCUGGCCACCAAAAACCUUCCCCAUUUCCUGUACCCAGAGCGCAACGUGUUCGAAAGGCAGGAUCUAGACCUGAACUUUCUGUACCAACAAGUAGAGAAAUUUGCCAGUCAGCCGGAACGGUUCCUGAAGAUUCAUAUCACCCAUCGGAUCACCAGCCCACAGCGGAUUGACAAUGGCAUCAAAGCCUUCCUGCAACUUCCUGCCAACAACAGAGCCUACUGGGAUACGGCCUAUUUUGAUGUCCUGCUGGACAAGUUCCAGGUCUUCAAUAUUCAAGAGAAAGACCGGAUUUCUGCUAUGCAAAAUGUCUUCUCCAAGACCAAGAAAAUAGGGGAAGUUGGGAGUUGAGAAAAAUCAUAGUUUCAUUCCUAGGAACUCUGGAUUUUAUGGAUCAUUCUUGGGGCCUCUCCUAUGGUAUUUAAAACCUCUCUCUGCCAGGACUUCCUCGUGUGGUGAAUUUCUGAAAGCUCAGAGAGCAGAUGCAAGUUACACUUAACUGUGAAUGGGCCUCAGCUUCUAGGACAGGCCUGGAAUUUACCCUCCAGUUUUAUUCUAUAAUAAGAGGUGAUGGGUUACGUCUGGACUGCAGACCUCGCCACUGCGGUACUCAUAUACUGUUAGUGAUGUUUUCUCCCUUGAAAUUGAUUCCCAAGCCAAGGUGCAAGACUUAGCGUGUUUUCUGCUUCCCUAAACUAGCAUGAUUCUUGUUUAAAUCUUCCCUUUAUAUGGAGAUUUGUUCACACUAAUUAAAAUAGCUUGCAAAGCACUGUGAAAACAGAAGUGCUAGAAUGAGAUAGAGGGCUUCAUUACAUGUGCUGUAUGUACAUGUGUGUCUCCUCAGUGAUGUUACAUUGCAUCUUUGGGCUUUAAUAAAUAGUUGCCAAUGGGUCUAUGUAAGAGA